AUGGAUUGGAUUAUAAACGACGAGCUCGGGCUCACGGUGGGUCACCUCGUCGGAUGGACGUCGGCCUCGUUCAUGGUCGUCGGCGGUGUCCUGCCGUACAUUCCCCAGUAUCGCCAAAUCAAGCAGACGCAGGAUCCGGAAGGAUUUUCGCUGCACGUUUGCCUCGCGCUGCUAGUGGCCAACACACUUCGAAUACUGUUCUGGUUUUCCAGCCGGUACGAGCUUCCGCUGUUGGUGCAGAGUGUCGUGAUGAACAUAACCAUGUUCCUGAUGAUACACCUAUGCGUGAAGGUGCGCCGGAACAACGCAAUCAUGCGUAUGCCGGACCGUGUGUUUUCAGGAACGGAUGUGGUCGUAUCCGAGGGACACGCCAAGAGUGGUGAAGGUGGUGUAAUUAACAUUCGCAGAUCAUCGAGCACCAACCGCACCGCGACGGCGACCGCUGGUGCAACCACGACUACGGUCACGGCCAAUCUCAACAACACCACCACCAUCGGUAUCGGAUCGGCCCUGGUAACGCAACCGUCGGACGUCGGUGGGCACCCUGGGACGCUGAAGAAAUCGCGAUCCCGUCACUAUAUCCUGGAUUUCGAUUCGCGCUACUUCUGGCAGUGGACCGACUUCCAGUCCUACGUGGAUUUCAUGCUCGUCGUUUGGGCUGUGGGUGCCGCCAUCACGUAUCUGAUGCUUUCCGUUACCUGGUUCAUGGAGACAAUCGGCUUCUUGGCCGUCUUUACCGAGGCAAUGUUAGGCCUUCCACAGUUUGUGAGGAAUUAUAAAAAUAAAUCCACCCACGGGAUGAGCAUCUGCAUGGUGAUCAUGUGGACCGCUGGUGAUAUGUUUAAGACUGGUUACUUUAUUUUAAGACACGCGCCGACACAAUUUUGGAUAUGCGGUACGCUGCAGGUCAGCUUAGAUCUCGCAAUCUUGCUGCAGGUGUACAUUUAUCGUAAGAAUCCAGCGCCCCGUAAUGCGCAUCGCGGCGAUUAGCAGUUUGCCCCCCAAAAUAUAACUAUUCAAGGCAGCAUGAACAAC